AUGCUGGUCUUACCACUGAUCCUCAUUGUGGGAGUGGCGUUUGCUGCUGAUUGGAAAGUGGCUAAUGUCGAGAGGACAAUCGAUCUGUCAUCUCAGAUUGUGAAAGUUUCUUCGCAGUUGACGCUUUCGAAUACUGGAUCUUCGGACGCAAAUUAUGUAGAGGUGGUACUCAGCAACGAAGAGAACGAACAUCUGUCUUAUAUCUCCGCUCAGGAGGGCAAUAGCAAGGGAAGAUUGAAAGUUUCAAAACAAAAAGGAGAGAAGAAUGGAUUUCAUUCGUACAAAAUCGAGCUGCUAAAGCAAGUGGGAAAGGGUGCUGAAUUGAAGUUGAAGGUUGAGUAUAGGCUGAUCGAGCUUCUACAGCCUCUUCCGGCAAAAAUUACUCAGAAGGAAAAUCAGUAUGUCGUUUAUAAUGGAAAUGCGCACUAUGCAGCUGCUUAUCCUGUUGAGCAAGAGAAGACGACAGUGAAGCUUGGCCCUGGUAAAACGCUAUCUGUGUCGCAAGUAUCACCAACCGCUCAAGAAAACGAGAGAGUCGUUUAUGGCCCGUACAAGGACCAACCAGCAUUCAAUAAGAAACCCAUAAAAAUACAUUAUGAGAACAAUGCUCCAUUUGUGGUGGCAACAGUCGUUGAGCGCACUAUCGAAGUAUCACACUGGGGCAAUAUUGCCGUGGAGGAAUACAUCGAACUGGUGCACAAGGGAGCGGAACUCAAGGGACCCUUCUCUCGCAUUGAUCAUCAACUGGAUCGUAGGGGGCGUCGACAACCGGCUCUUCUGCAUUUCACGACGAUUUUACCAGCGUCGGCCAAGGAUAUAUACUAUAGAGAUGAGAUUGGAAACAUAUCAACAUCAGCUGUGCGACUUCGCGCUGAUUCUGUUGAUGUCGAACUGAAGCCGAGAUUCCCACUUUUUGGAGGAUGGCGCACUUCCUACGUUAUCGGUUAUAAUGUGCCUUCUUUCGAAUAUCUUUACAAUAAGGGCAAUAAUUAUGCGCUAAAAAUGAGAGUUCUCGACCAUAUUUUUGACAAUGCUGUGGUUGAAAAGCUUACGACGAAGAUCAUCCUGCCAGAAAUGAUAAGAAAAGUGAGGCUUACCACACCAUACAGCAUGGAGAGAAGACCCGAUGAAGUCCGCGCUACGUACUUGGACACAACUGGCAGAACAGUCAUAGUGUUACAGAAAGAAAACCUUGUUCCAGAGCAUAUCCAGUCUUUCACUCUGUUUUACGAAUUUGAGUUCUCGCAAAUGAUCCGCGAACCAUUGCUCGCCACGGCAUUUUUCUUUGCACUCUUUACCGUUGUAAUUAUCUAUGUGCGGUUCGAUUUCACAAUCGUUGCGGAUCCGGCACGUGAAGCACGCGAACGUAUCUUGGGAAAGGUGUCGGGGCUUUCCCAGUUGGUCGAUAAGAAAAAUCGUAUUUUCACGCAAUUUCUCAAUGCUGUGAAUCAGUAUAAAACAUCACGCGAUGUUUCGGUCUUGCAGGAUGGUAAAAAGAAACUGGAAACGGAUCGUGCUGACAUCAACGGGAAGUUGUCGUCGGCGCUUGCAACUUUGAAAGAGGACAGCCAAGAGUCUUAUGAUAAGGCUCAAGAGCUGCUGAGAUAUGAGAAGUCAAUCAUGGAUGCGCUGGAUGGCUACAUCGCUAGUGUUCAGAAGAGUCAACAAAAAUCUGCCAGCGCUGAAGACACGCAAUUCACGCAGAAAGUAACGGACGCUCGUGCGCGCUCUGAAUCACUGCUUGCCUCGCUAUAGUCUCCGCAAUUCGAUCAAGUCGUAGAAUCCGGCAAAGUCGUAUCUGUUGAAGUCAAUGUUAUGCAGUUGUUAUUUUUUUUGUUUUCUGGUUAUUUAUUGCUGAUUAGGUAUCCCAUCAAGGGCGUUUUGGGUGUGUUAAAGCAUGUUGCUCUCCUAAACUAAGUCGUCAGAUUGUGUUUAAGAUAUUUAUGGGUAUUGAAGUUUUAUUUCUCCUCUGAAGUCGUCCAUGUUUGGUAAAAUCUUUUAUAUACUUGCAGUCUUUUGUGCUAACAUC